UCACAUGGACAACAACAAUUAUUUAGUUGACCUUGUACUAGUUGUAUGAAGAUUGAACACUCAGAUAGGAAAAAUAAAUUCCAGUCUAUAGUUUUGAGCAAUUUUAUGAAUAGAAGUGUAUUUUAUGUUAUUUCUAAUUGUCUGUAUUUUCCAUUUUUAUUUUCUUUUCUUAUACUGACAGCUACACUUCGUAAGCUUGCAACAAUGGAAGAUUUGGAAUCUCAAACUACAACUCAAGCACCUGUACCUCCAGCAACUCAAGCACCUGUACCUCCAGCAACUCAAGCACCUGUAACUCCAACAACUCAAGCACCUGUACCUCCGGUAACUCAAGCACCUGUACCUCCAGCAACUCAAGCGCCUGUACCUCCAGCAACUCAAGCACCUGUACCUCCAACAACUCAAGCACCUGUACCUCCAACAACUCAAGCACCUGUACCUCCAGCAACUCAAGCACCUGUACCUCCAGCAACUCAAGCACCUGUACCUCCAGCAACUCAAGCACCUGUACCUCCAGUAACUCAAGCACCUGUACCUCUAGCAACUCAAGCACCUGUACCUCCAGUAACUCAAGCACCUGUACCUCCAGCAACUCAAGCGCCUGUACCUCCAGCAACUCAAGCACCUGUACCUCCAGCAACUCAAGCGCCUGUACCUCCAGCAACUCAAGUGCCUGUACCUCCAGCAACUCAAGCACCUGUACCUCCAGCAACUCAAGCACCUGUACCUAUAGCAACUCAAGCACCUGUACCUCCAGCAACUCAAGCACCUGUACCUCCAGCAACUCAAGCACCUGUACCUCCAGCAAUCCCAACCCUUCAAGAUAAAGGUGACAAUGCAGGUUAUCUUCUGACUGAUGGAUGGAAGAAGAGCCUCCCCAAAGCCGACCACCGAUGGAUAUCCCGCAUGUUCUUCAAGGAGACGGCCAAGGGGAAGGCCGAAAUGGAUAUGUCCCGUGUCAAGCAGCUUUGGAACUACCCUCCGCAGCCCAACUUCGCUCAAGGCCAGCCCCCAAAGCCAGCACGAUACUUUGCCAGUCGGUUGCUAAUGUGGAUGCCACGCAAGCUAUGGGGAUUGCGGCUGGUGUGUCCACAUCCCGAGUGCAACCAACAAGAACUCACAUCGGCUGGAGCCUACCCCGUGGUGCGGCAAGUUCUGGACGUGGAUGGCUUCUACAACCUGGCAUCGGAGUAUCUAGAGUGCCGCAGAUGCCACCGCAAGGUCAUAGGUUGGAGUAAAGCCAUCUUGGAUCAGCUCGACACAGGUCACCGUCUUCAGUUUCCGAUCGUGCUCACAUACAGGUAUGCUUGUGACACGAAGAUCGUCGCGAUGCUGCGGGACAGAACCCAUGGGAACGGACCCUUCCAAAUGAUGCGCAAGGUGAAAGAGGCACACACCACUGCCUGGCUGAGGAAGGUUGCCAUCUACGAGUCAGCCGUGGAGGAGUUCAUCGCUGCCAGCGAGAGGGGUCUCAUCGAACGUCCCAAGUGUGAAGCACCACCCGCAAUGCAUUCUCUUCCUACGUACCGGUGGCUCCUGAGUGUCUACUGCAACGAUGUUCUGGAGCGCAUUGAUGAAGUGAAGGCAGGCAUCACAUCUACAUAUGGAAGGAUAUUGAAGAUGGACUCAACGAAGAAGAUUACCAAAAAAAUUGCCGGCCAGUCUUCUGGAACCGCAUCGUGGGCCACGAAUGUCGGGAAUGAGCUCGGGCAAGUGCUCAUGUCGGUAAUGACUGCUGCAGAGGGGAUGGGCCUAGACAAGUUGACGAAGGGCAUCCAACAGCGGUAUGAGACGGCAGGUGAGCCGGCACCAGAGCUUCUGUACGUGAACAGAGGCUGCUGCGGUGGAUCCUCCCCGAUCUUCGACAAGUGGCCAGAGAUGCACGUGCGGCUCGACAUCUCGCACUUCAUGAGGAGGCUUGCGAGGGGAUGCACCACAAACCUCCACCAACUCUACCCGUUCCUGAUGAGACGUCUCUCAGCCAACAUCUUCGUGUGGAGCGCCAAGGAUCUAGACCUGCUGGUGCGAGCGAAGAAGGCCGAGCUAGCCGAGAAGAACAUCAUCUGCCCAACCGAUGACGACAUCUACAAGCGCAUCGGAAGAAAGGAGAUGGCCCGACACUGCAGGAGAACAACCAGAGGUACGGAGGAGACGACUCAACUAAUUGGAGACCUGCUGGCCAGCUUGGAUGGGCCCGAGGGUAGAGACACGAUGGGCGUUCCACUCUUCGACUCUGACAAGAUGUGGAACAUCUGGGACUCGCAGAAGAAGCACGUCGCGUGCCUCCAAGACCCCCCUGGAGUUCAACUGUACACCAGGACAGGAGAGGUGGUGAAGGGCGGUCUGACGCUGGCAGUCUACAGAUGCGGACGAGGGUUGACUUCUCUGAAGUCCUUCCAUCUGCACAUGAACAGGUUCAUUCCUGCCACAUCAGCCAACAACGUCCACUUCCAAGCCUACCUGAUGGAAGGUGUGCAUCGAUGGAACUGCGACCGUGCAGCUGACUCCAUCGCCACAGGACGACCGACACACACAUCGUAUGCAACGUUCCACGAGCACGAUAUCAACCGAAGGACUGAGCGGCUGUUUGGGACCAAGAUCAACCCAAAUCUCGUCGCACCCCAGAAGUACACCGGGGAGCUGAUCGGACUAGAGUACCUCUUCCACCAGACCAGCGAGGUGCUUCUACCGCCAAUGCAUCCCGACGAGGUAGAGGGAGACGACGACGACGACGACGACGCCAACGACGGGGGAUCUCGAGUAGGAGAGGAAGUAGAGGACCCAACGCAGCCACUCCCAGAGCUUCCUGCUCCAUCUCGUCAGUCCCUUGGAACGUCCAGGACAAAGCCAGUCACACCUGACAAGGCACCAGCACCGAGAUGGAGGAAACCCUCAUCAGCACCGGCAACGGUAUCCCGUGCACCAGAUUCCCCUCCCAUUGCCGAAGUAGACGACCUUCCAGCUGGCGAUGGAGAUGAGCAAGAGGAUGUCUAUGCAGGUCCCCAAAACAUUGUGGGCUUUGAUGGGGUCCAGGCCCUUGCCGAGUAUCUGGUGCAGUUCAGGGGAAGAGAGAGCGUGGUGAGCCAGCGCCAGGCAGAGAGGAUGGUGGAGCUGUGGCACGAACUGGACCAGUUCGACAAGACCACCAACCGCCCAGCUCGCCAUCAGGCCAAACUGACCAAGGGGAGGUUCAAGACGACCAGAGUGACCAUGGCACCCGUCGUCGAGAGUACUAAGCGGUAUGCACAACAAGAGGUCCAAAAUGGAAGAGCGCACAACACUGGAGAUGGGGGUGUCUGUUCCGCGGCCAAAACUAGCGACCAGCAAGCCCCUUCCAGCCCCGAAGGAGAAGCCGCGCGUCAUGCCCCAGCCACCCAUCUUGGACCAGCAUCCCAUCCGAGAGGUGCCCAACACGGUGGGGCAGGCAAAGAUAAAACGAGCCCCCGCACAGCCAACUUUCAUCCUGCUCUCUUCCACUCCACCAGGACCCUCGUCAUCUCAGCCCGUGCCCCCCAUCAGGUUCAUUCUUCCAGACCUUCACCAGCACCCCAGGGUAGUGUUGCCCUCCGCUCCACCCGCUCCACCCACUCCACGAAGUUCCUUGCAUUAUCGUAA